AAUCCUCCUUAUUUCAUACUUCGUGGCUUUUUUCUGCUUCUUCUUUUUUCCCCCCUUCCUCUGAGAAGGAGGGACAGACAAAAACACAGAGAAAUAAGGGAAAGAAAAGUACCGGGACUGAUCGUGCUGCUGCAAACCCAAAGAUAGCAGGUGAAGAGGGGGUUUGGCUUCUACCCCAAGGUAAAGCCCUGCCCCCUUUACCUUCUCGCCACCUCCUCCGAGAAGGAGAAGGAGAGAGAGAGAAAGGGCCAAAGUGGAGAAAAGCAGGUCUUCUGCGGCUGGCAUUUGGAGUACAGGGAGCCAGGAAGUGAAGGAUGGUUGUGGUUACCCGAGCUGGCUGCAGGGCAGCUCUCUUCCUCUGGAUUUUCAGCAGCAUUAGCUGCAGAGCCAGGACUGCUCUGCCUGCAUCUCAAAAGUGCGAUGAACCUCUGGUCUCAGCAUUACCCCAUUCCUCCUUCAGCAGUUCAUCAUCUAUGACAAGCAGCUAUGUGCCGGGUUAUGCCAAGUUAAACAAGAGAGGAGGUGCAGGAGGUUGGUCUCCAUCAGACAGUGAUCAUUACCAAUGGCUACAGGUGGAUUUUGGGAACCGGAAGCAGAUCAGUGCUAUUGCAACUCAAGGCAGGUACAGCAGUUCUGACUGGGUCACUCAAUAUCGGAUGCUCUAUAGCGAUACAGGGAGAAACUGGAAACCCUACCACCAAGAUGGAAAUAUCUGGGCAUUUCCUGGAAAUACAAACUCUGACAGUGUGGUCCGGCACGAUUUACAACAUCCCGUUAUUGCACGCUAUGUAAGGAUAGUUCCUUUGGACUGGAAUGAAGAGGGCCAAAUUGGGUUAAGAAUUGAAGUCUAUGGCUGCUCCUAUUGGGCUGAUGUUAUCAAUUUUGAUGGCCAUGUAGUGUUACCAUACAGAUUCAGGAACAAGAAAAUGAAAACACUGAAAGAUGUCAUCUCUCUGAAAUUUAAGACCUCUGAAAGCGAAGGUGUAAUCUUCCAUGGAGAAGGACAGCAAGGAGACUAUAUCACCUUGGAACUGAAGAAAGCCAAACUUGUUCUAAAUUUAAAUUUAGGCAGCAACCAGCUUGGGUCCAUUUAUGGUCACACAUCUGUGAUGACAGGCAGCCUCUUGGAUGAUCACCACUGGCACUCCAUCGUCAUAGAGCGCCACGGGAGAAACAUCAAUCUCACCCUGGAUAGACACAUGCAGCACUUCAGAACCAAUGGAGAAUUUGAUUACCUGGACCUGGAUUAUGAGAUAACCUUUGGAGGCAUGCCUUUUUCUGGGAAGCCAAGUUCUAACAGCAGAAAAAAUUUCAAAGGCUGCAUGGAGAGCAUCAACUACAAUGGCAAUAAUAUCACUGACCUUGCCAAGAGGAAGAAAUUGGAACCUUCAAAUGUGGGAAAUUUAAGUUUUUCUUGUGUGGAGCCACAUACAGUGCCUGUCUUUUUCAAUGCCACCAGUUACCUUGAGGUUCCUGGUCGUCCAAGCCAGGAUCUGUUUUCGGUCAGCUUCCUUUUCCGAACCUGGAAUCCAAAUGGACUUCUUGUCUUCAGCAACUUUGCGGAUGACCUGGGAAAUGUUGAAAUUGAUAUAAACGAAGGCAAAGUCAGUGUCCACAUCAAUGUCACCCAAGUGAAGAAGAACCGGAUAGACAUCUCGUCAGGCUCUGGUCUCAAUGAUGGGCAGUGGCAUGAAGUUCGAUUCCUAGCUAAGGAAAAUUUUGCUGUCCUCACCAUCGAUGGAGAUGAAGCCUCAGCUGUUCGAACAAACAGUCCUCUACAAGUUAAGACUGGCGAUAAAUAUUUCUUUGGAGGGUUUCCUGUACAGAUGAAUGACUCAGAUCACUCGCUACUUCAGCAUUCUUUUCAAGGAUGCAUGCAGUUUAUUCAUGUGGAUGAUCAGCUGGUGGAUUUGCAUGCAGUGGAGCAAGGCCAACUGGGAAGCUUUGCUAAUGUCACCAUUGACAUGUGUGCCAUUAUUGACAGGUGUGUGCCCAAUCACUGCGAACAUGGUGGAAAAUGCACCCAGACGUGGGACAGCUUCAAGUGCACUUGCGAUGGAACUGGAUACAGUGGCGCCACUUGUCAUAACUCUAUUCAUGAACUCUCUUGUGAAGCAUACAAACACUUGGGCAAAACUUCAAAUUACUACUGGAUAGAUCCAGAUGGUAGUGGGGCACUGGGACCUUUGAAAGUUUACUGCAACAUGACAGAGGAUAAAGUAUGGACAACUGUGUACCAUGAUCUGCAAAUGCAGACUUCUGUGGGAGGCAACAGCCUGGAGAAGUUAUCUGUACUGCAGCUCAACUACAGUGCAACAAUGGACCAGAUUUCUGCCAUUACCAGUAGUGCUGAAUACUGUGAGCAGUUUAUCUCCUACUCUUGCAAGAUGUCCCGGCUGCUGAAUACACCAGAAGGGAAUCCAUAUACCUGGUGGGUUGGAAAAGCCAAUGAGAAGCACUACUAUUGGGGCGGAUCAGGACCUGGCAUUCAAAAAUGUGCCUGCGGCAUCGAACGCAACUGUACUGAUCCCAAGUACUACUGCAACUGUGACGCUGAUUAUAAGCAAUGGAGAAAAGACACUGGAAUGUUGUCAUACAAAGAGCACCUACCAGUGAGUCAGGUAGUCGUCGGAGAUGUUGACCGGCCUGGGUCUGAAGCCAAGGUGUCUGUGGGUCCCGUGCGCUGUCAAGGAGAUCGGAAUUACUGGAACGCAGCUUCUUUCGUUACUUCAUCAUCUUACCUCCACUUCUCCACCUUCCAAGGGGAAACCAGCGCAGACAUCUCUUUCUAUUUCAAAACAUCAGCCUCGGAUGGGGUGUUUCUUGAGAAUCUGGGUAACACUGACUUCAUCAAACUGGAGCUGAAAUCUGCUACAGAGGUUUCCUUUUCAUUCGAUGUCGGAAAUGGGCCGGUGGAAAUUGUCGUCAGAUCUCCCAGCCAGCUCAAUGAUGACCAGUGGCAUCGGGUCAAUGCUGAGAGGAAUGUCAAACAAGCCAGCCUGCAGGUGGACCAGUUACCCCUGGAGGUGCGGAAAGCACCAACAGAAGGACACACGCGACUGGAAUUGUACAGCCAGCUCUACGUUGGUGCUGCAGGAGGCCAGCGAGGAUUCCUAGGCUGCAUUCGUUCAUUAAGGAUGAACGGGGUGACACUGGACCUGGAAGAGAGAGCAAAAGUCACGCCAGGGGUGAAGCCUGGCUGCUCUGGCCACUGCACGAGCUAUGGGAUGUACUGCGCAAAUGGCGGUAAAUGUGUCGAGAAAUACAACGGCUACUCCUGUGACUGCUCCAAAACUGCCUACGAUGGACCAUUUUGCAUAAAAGAUGUUGGAGCAUUUUUUGAAGAAGGAAUGUGGCUUCGUUACAACUUCCACUCCCCAGGAACUAGCAUGAAGGAUUUAGUCAGCCGAACACUUUUGAGUUCUACAGAUCCUGAGAUCACAGCACCUGACCUCAACUUGAAUAAAGAAGAACUCAGCUUCAGCUUCAGUACCACCAAGUCCCCUUGUGUCUUAUUGUACAUCAGCUCCUAUACCCAGGACUUCAUGGCUGUGCUUGUGAAGCCAGCUGGGAACCUGCAGAUUCGGUACAGCCUCGGAGGCACCAAAGAGCCAUAUAACAUUGAUAUUGACCACAGAAACAUGGCUAAUGGACAGCCCCACACUGUCAACAUCACGCGGAACGGACGGGACAUCGUACUGCAGCUUGAUCACUAUCCUCCAGCAAGUUACAGCCUGCCAGCCGCAUCUGACAUUCAGUUCAAUUCCCCAAAGGCACUGUUCCUAGGAAAAGUUAUAGAAAUUGGGAAGAUUGACCAAGAUAUAUAUAAAUACAACACCCCAGGGUUCACGGGCUGUCUAUCAAGAGUACAGUUCAACCAGAUUGCUCCACUCAAAGCAGCUCUGAGACCUACCAACGCCUCCUCUCACGUUCACAUCAAAGGAGAACUGGUGGAAUCCAACUGCGGGGCAUCUCCUCUCACCAUCCCACCAAUGUCGGCCGCUACUGACCCAUGGCACUUAGACUCAGCAAGUGCUGAUUUCCCGUACAACGGUCAAGCUAUAGGAGAUGGAGUUAACAGAAACUCUGCUAUUAUUGGAGGCGUCAUCGCAGUGGUGAUCUUCACCAUCCUCUGCACCUUGGUGUUCCUGAUCCGCUACAUGUUUCGCCACAAGGGGACCUAUCACACCAACGAAGCCAAAGGGGCAGAGUCAGCCGAGAGCGCCGAUGCUGCCAUCAUGAACAAUGACCCCAACUUCACGGAGACCAUAGACGAGAGCAAGAAGGAAUGGCUUAUCUAAGCCUACGGGGAUGGGGCCUGGGGUGGGAUAUGAGCUGGGCCAGGGUGGGACUGGGAUGACUCUUGCAGUGGAGAGAGAACACUCUGUGUUGGACGCUUGAGCACACAUAGGGUAAAAAGAUCAGCACAACUGGUGGAGCAAGUGACAGGAAAAUACCACUGAGACUGGAGAAAAAAAAAAUAUCUCAAGCAUUUAAGAAAAAAUAUUUUUUAAUAUUUAUUUACAGCAACUUGCCCCUUCUGUAUCCAAAUGACUACAACAAAGAGCAGUUUUGCAGCUUCAGCACUGGUUAAAAUUUUCAGUAAUACCCGUCUAUUUCUGUGUGUGUUUAGAGAUGUUCUGGGUACUUGUGACAAGAAACGGGACUGUUUUUUUAUAUUUUUUAAAAGGUGUUUAAAAUGUGGGUAGUUCUAUCCUGAGAGCAAGUGGCAGCUCUUUUUUCCCAGCAUUGUAUUCCUUCAUGGCUGGCCACUUUCCCACACGCUGCCCUCAGCCCCACACCUUGACCAUAACACCAUUCAUUUUAGUGGUGUUGAUCUGGGGUUUCAGGGCUGGGGGUGGAACUGGGGCAUGAGGACUAAUGCAAAUCUUACUCCCCAGUUUCUCAACACAUCAUCAGCCCGUGUCAGCCCUGGCAGGAUCCACCUUCUUGAUCCAGGCACUUUGUGGAUUGCGUGCAAUUCUCAUCAACAGUGUAAAAAUACUGUUAUUACGACUACUGUUACUACUAGAGAGGACGACCAUAAAGCACAGGAAGUUUUAGGGGGGUUUUUUAUUAUUAUUAUUUUGGUCUCUGAGGGAGGAUGAUGCUGUGUGACUCUGUAGACCUAACCUGUUCCCGUAUCUUUGGUUGUGGCACUGGUGACCUGAGGCAUGUGCCAGUUAAGCUCGCAUCUGCCCGUGACAUUUUGGCAUAUGCUGUACAUUGUAGUAGGGAACUAGAACCAGACUUCACUUCUGUUUCUUCUUAAUAGACUGUCAUAGAAUUAUUAGUAUAGGUCUAGUCAAUGCAUUUGAACACACAGGCUUCACAUCAUACUUUUUUCCCGACUCAAGAGUAGCAAUUUAUUCCUUAAAACCUUUGCAAGGAAAGCCUCUGCUGGCAGUGUUUGCACGGUCAGAAAGGGAGGCAAAGGAGGCUUGGAAGCUCUGCCCCCAGGGCACAUGAGAAACAGCACGCAGGGGAGAGUUAUUUUUCAACACAGAGAUUUACCUGAACUAUUUUACUGUCUUUGUAAGGCAUUUUUAAGACUAGCGAGGCCAAGUGCAGCAUUGCAUCCCAUUUUCCCUCUCUGACCACAGAAGUUGCAGGUGUUGCCUGAGCAGCAGGCAGGCAGCUAGUAGGAAAGGCAAAGGGGCAGCCUGAAGACCUAAUAUCCUUUGGUGGCAAUAACAAAGCUUUAGCUUGCCCUCUGUAGAGGAGUGUGGUUCUCCUGUAGUCUGAAGGAAUGUAAGGCCUUAAUGUGCAGGUUUUGCAGUGGAACAGAAUGAGGGAAUGAAUACACUGCAGGACAAUUGUUAAAGGAACAGAAAUAAUACCAAGAAUUUCCCCUUAAAAGUUUUUAUGCUUGUGACAGUCCUAAAUUUGCUUUACCUUUAAUAUGGCUGGGUUUAGUAGGCACAGAUUUUUCUGUACAAGAAAGAUUUAUUUUUCAUCUAAAUGUGCAAUCUACUACACUUUCAUUAUUCUAGUUGAUGGUUCAAAAUAAAAUAAAAAAAAAAAAAAAAAAAGAAGAAGAAAAAAUCAUGUAGGGGGAAGAAAAUAUUGGAGUCUUACCAGACAAGAAAUUGACAAGCACAGUUUGGCAGACAGACAAGGCCAAAUAGUUUGGGUUUUAAGGAUGGUAGACUAAAGUCCUCUUCUGGAUUCAUUGAACAUAGACAUGAGCAAAUCAAACCCAUUAAUUUCUUCCAUUUAUGAAUUUGGAAUUAGCAUAAAAAGAAGUUGCCAGUUUCAAAAGAAAUUACUGUUUCUCAGGUAACAUGUGGCAGAGAGGUUCAGGUAGGCAUAAAAAUUACCUCUGUCACUCUUGUGCUCUGCAGUGUUUUGCCUUGCCUCCAGUAUUAACCUCUCCCUCUUUUGUCUGUAAUCAAGCAGGUGAGUCCUUAUUCUUGUUUAAUCAUGGAUGUAAGAUAAGUCUUCACUCCUUGGAGAAUAUCAGCAGGGCAUGAAUCUACCUUGCACCACUAUUAAGCAAACUACGUAGCAAUCACGUGUCUUUGUAGAAUUGAAAAGACAUUAUCUUUUCUAUAUUACUUUAUAUUUAAUUUGAUUUUAGUAGUAUAUUAGUCCACUCUGAAAAACAUUCUUGCCUGCAACUUCAAGUUACCAAGAGAAGUGAAUAGAGUUUGCAUAGAUUGGGAUUUCAUUGAAGUUUCCUUUUUUGACGUGUGAAAUUCAUUAGUGCUGUGUUAAAAUGUUGAUAAUCUUCACUCUUGUCUUAUGCAGUCACUUUCAUGACUCUAGAAGCUUUUAAUUAUUAGAAUUCUUGUUUCUUCUUAAACUGGACCUUAGACGUGAUAUUAUCCAUUAGCAGCUGGUCUCUGUAUAGGCAUUUGGUGACUUUAGGUGAAUUCCUGCCUAUCUGCUUUGUAUUUCGUUUCUGAGAAUGGUAUGUGUUUAAUUAUAGGCAGUGGACAUUCUGCAGCCUGGCAGUGAAGCAGGGGCAGGCUCAGAGAAGUAGCCUGUGUAUUUUGCUAGCACUAUAUCUAUUCUGAGGAUUUCUUCCUCUGCAAGCCUAUCAUUGAAGGCUGAAAAAACAUCCACAGUUUAUUUCACCCACUCUUACUUGUGCCAAAAAUCCAUGUUGUUUAACAGGUGCUAUCCUUACACCUGUAGUGGGAAAAUCUGUUGGAGGGGAGAGUGGGUCCUGCUUUUAUAAAACUCUGUACUUUCCCCAAAGAAUAUUAAAAUAAUCAAUCUUUUAUUACCAAUUUUUUAGCUGUUUCACCUAUUUGAACUGUGCAGAAAAAUGUAGCUUCUUGUACUUGUUUGGGAACCGAAGUGUCCCAGUUGUGUUUCUAAAAUGUUCGCUCCUGAUUCCACAGGAAACGAUGACAAAACUGCUGCCAGCAGUGGAGAGAGCAAGACUGGGCUGGAGAUUAGGGCUCUCAGUGUUAGUGAAAUAAUGUAAGCAAUAUUUUGGAUUCUCAUUCACAACACAUGCAGACCACCAGGUAAUGAGACAUGGAGCUGAAACAGUGGAGAACUUAUUUUCAUGUCAACCGAACCUCGAGGGAAAUCUACAAUCCAGUCUGGUGGUUUUGAAUCCAGCCUUUCACACACUACUUAUUCCAUAUUUACUGACAGAAAAUUCAGAUGUAUUAAAUAGGCAUAUGUAUCUUUAAUUGGUACUGUAGCAUUUCUGCUUUGUAUUUUUUGUGUCUUAAACGAUACUUGUUCCUUUUAUAUCUCUUCUAGCAGUUACCACUUCAAAGGUAUGGCAGCAUUUUAAUAUCAUGCUUUAGGUAGCAUGAUAUAUGUGAAAGGAUAGUCAUCAUAAAUAAUUUAGUAAGACUGCUGAAGCAGUGGUGUAUACAUAUAAGUUUAUUGUACCGAUAAAAAUUCAGUAUAAUUAAAACAGUGUCUUUUAAUGACAGAUGCAUGUAAUUUCCAGGGUAUCUGUUGAAAUGUGAAGCUAUCUCAGUUUGACAAGCAAUAGCUUUUAAUAUGAUUUCUCCCAUGAAUGAUUUUACAUUCCAUCAAGCAUGGUCAUCCUGAAAGGGUGUCAUUUUUUAAAAGCGGAAUCUAAAUUACAUUAAUCAGAUGUCAUUGUCCGUCCUAGAGAAAUUAAAGAAACCUUGCCUUCUAAAAGCAAGAGCAUGUAAAUUAGAAUGAAAGAAGGACAACGUAUUUGUAUGCAUUAUAUCUUCUGUGAAUGUCUUUCCUUUUAGCUAAAGUUCUGUUAGAAACCGGAUUAGUAAAUAACAAAAGGGGAGGGGGGAACAACAUUUUAAAUUUUUUUAAUCACCUAACAGCUGUUUCCUCAUGCUUUCUAUAUUCUGGUCAUUGUCUGAACUUUUUCCUUCUCUAGUACCAGGAAAUCAAUUUGGAAAGGACAGAAGUUGGAAAGGCUCUUGAAAAAAGACCCACAGUACAUGAAAAAAAGAGACUACAGAAUGCGGUUAUACAUAAGAAGAGAGGGUGCUAAAACUAGGGAAGAUUUGUUGAAGUAAUAUGUUCCUCUUGCAUCAGGGUUACGUGUUAUGGAGUGUACAUCUGUACUUGUUGAGAUGGGCUGAGGGUCUGAGAGCAGGGUUUGGAUGGAAAUUAAAUGACUGCCUUUCUGCAUUUAUCCAUUUCUGAUCACUUUGCAGAUAGCAGCAAGCAGUCUGCUAUCCGUUCUGCUCACAUUUGUUAUUGCAGAUUCUGUGGCAUUGCCAGCUUCACAAGGGUUACAUACCACAAGUGACUGAGUGUGGGUUGUUUGCCUUCCUUUCCUACCUUAACUCUGUCCUUUCCUUUAUGAAUGAGAGCCUUUUAUUGAAAUCAACAAGAAAAAUGUAUGCCCAGCUCAACAGACUUGUGUCUGUUCCUUUUAAUAAACUACCUUAUCAGGCUUUCAAACAUUUUUAUGACAUGAAGCAUUUUAUAAAAGAACUGUGUUAAAUGCACUUGAAUGGGAGAGUGUGAAAUCUAGGCAAAGAAGCAUCAGUGCAACAACCACCUGAGUCACAGAGUGCUUGUCCCACGCUGUUUCUCUGUCUACAGUGUGAAUUGCCUUAACUACCCAUCAAAUCUCUGGAUCCAUCCAAGACCUUAACUUACUUUGUGGAAUAUAAUAGUGGCAAAGUCCUGAUGUGAUACCAUGUUUUGACUGUUCAUUUGUACUGACUGCUGUAACCCCUAGAAGGAGAGCCACACUUUAUACAGGAAUAUUUUUCAUUUAUAGAGAAAAGCUCUAGAACAAAGAGAUGGGGGUGAAGUUUCAAGUGUAAAGUGAUACUUGAACACUGUGACAAGAAGUCUUUGCUUCUUGCUGUCACCACAUGUCUCACUGCAGCCAGAAGCGUGUGGGUGUGCAGAUGCACCUCUAAAAUCUAAGACUAUUCAGGAUGUGAUGUCUGCACCACUCAGAUAAUUACUGCCAUAAUGUGGGUGGAUGAGAUACCAAACUUGCUUCAAAUCCAUGAGUCUGCAGUGCUAGCAAAAUCACUCACUCUUGAAAUUAAGUGCAAUUUUGAAGAUAAACUCAGACUGUGCCCUACAGUAGCAGGCACAUAUGGUGCCUCAAAUGAGACAAGACUUGGACCUGGUUAUGGAAAAGCAUUUAUUUAGCAAUCUGUAACACAGUUCUUUUGACUCUGACUUUCACAUAUUAACAGACAUCUUCUUGAUACACUGUGCUCAAAACCCUGCUUAUGCCAACAGCUUAAGAACCAGGAAGAAAAGUUGCCAAUCUGUAGCUUCUUUACACAAGAAGUCUUUUUAAAAAGACAUUUAAUGUAAAAAAAAAAAAGUUUGGUAUCAGUGGGUUCUUUCACUGAGAAUUAUUUCUUCUCACUGGUUUUCUAUUUUUAAAAUAUCAUGAGAAAUGUUAAGCAAUUUUUAAGCACAACCUGAACUGCUUCUGUGAAAAAGGAGUAAGAUAUACUCUGCAAAUAUACAUAUAAGCAAGUAACUAAUUUAGUGCAUUCCAUUUCUUCUGUGAUGCAGCAACUUCCAAUAAUGUUUACAUGUGCUCCCUCUGCUAUUUUUUCCUUAAUGGAAAAGCAUCUGAAUUAAACAAGAAACAUAAAAGUGUGUACCCUUUGCUUUACCAUAGAUUAAUGUUCUUGCUUGGUAUGUAACAGAGCAUUAAGGAAGAGCAAAUGGUUUAUUCCUCAGAUUUAAUAGCAUUAAUUCUGCUGUCUCCGAGGGUCAGAGAUAUACUAUAACCACAUUAAUUAUCAGAAUUUAGAGGUACUUAUACUGAUAAUAUUCAACAACUGGUAUUCUGUAUUUUAGCAAAGAGCUGCUACAAGAAAUUCUAAUUUAUUGAAAAGGCAGAUAGAUGUAAUUUUCGGACAGGUAAAAAAAAAGUAAAUUACUGGAACAAGACUAGAGCAGAAGCCAUUUGAGGGAAAUAUUUAGCAUGCAGAACAAUGAACUGUACCAGAAAGAGUUUCUUGUCUUCCAGUUAAGGAUUUGGGAUAGGUACAGGGCUGCAGUUCGUUAUAUAUUAUCAUGUGUUCAUUGCCUUUUUGCCCAAAAUAUUUGAGCUUCUCCCAUCUUUCACAUGCUUUAAAACAGGCUGUUGCAAGAAUACAGCUGCAGAUGUGAAACUUAAGCAAGAUGCUCUAGGCUGCUGGUGAGAGCAAAGUUGCAAGUCCCAAGCUCUUCUACCUGCGGUCCUGUCUUUGCUUAGAAGAAAAUUCUCAGAUAUGUUGCUGCCUGUCCCUGUCUGUUGUCAUCUUUCCCCCAUCUUAAGAAUGUUACAGGUUGAAAGGGACCACAAAAGACCUUCUAGCCCAACUUUUUGCGGAAAAGGGAACCUAAAUGAGAUAACCUAGCACCCUGUCCAGUCAUAUUUUUUCCCCCGCUGACUCCAUUUUCAGGGUGGUAGGUUAUCAACAGGUUCUCAUUUAAGAUAGACUGAGAGUCACUUGAGCAAGUCAACAAACUCCUGAAUCAUCCAGAAAACAAAUCAUUUAGAUGACAAGGUAGCCAUCCCCUGAAUACUAAUGUUUAUUCUCUAAACUGCACAUUCUCAUGCUUGCGGUGCGUGUGUCACCGAAGGAGUCUAACCUUGGCACAGUCAAUAAAUCAUUCACAAGCUGAACAAAUAGCCCUGUAGUGCUUUGUCUUAAAAAAACUCCUUUGGGUAAAUGUUUAAAAAUACAUGUAUGGUUUGCCAACAUAAAGCACUGGACACAGUAUCAGCAGCUAGUUGCAAUUUAUUUCUGUUACAAAAUCAAGGUCUGUCUGUGGAGUUUUCUUGUGUGACUUGCACUAACAGGACCUUUAUCCUUGAAACAGAAACUACUGCAACAGGGCAAGGUAACAAAGAGAAAUUCCCUUUGCUGCACACUUUGAAAUGGAGCGUAAAGUCCCUUUUAUUGCACAGUUCUGGUAGAGGUGUAAGAUCUCUGUACACAUCUAAUGUUUCCUUUUUUCCAAAGUCCACUACCCACUACUCCAAGGAAAGAAAUUUGUUGACAGUCUUAGGGUUUUUUCCCAUCUCUUUCUCUACUUUAGACGUGUUUCCUCUAACUGAUAAGUUUAUCACCUUUCAUCUUUAAACUCCUUCCACCAGUGCUUGCUGCUUUGGCCAUGGUGAAGCCUUCCACCUUCCCAAAAUGUGACCAUUGUAGUGGGAGGGUUAUAUACAACUACAUUCCUGUCAACUGUUAUAUUUGCAGCUGGUUUUUAUCUGUUCAUAGUACUCAGUGACUUAAAGUACAAGAGUGGUACGAGCACUGAUAGUUUCUGCCAUCUGCAGCAUUAUUUUAUAACUUGCUUGUAUUUUUUCCAAAAUCACAGCACCAUCUGCCAAAGACAGUCUGAAAAUGAGGCAGCUGCACCUCAUUCCUUUAAGUAUACUUACUUUCUAUUUCUCAGUUCAAAUUUUCCCAAGAGAUAAUAAAAUAUCCCAGGAUAAUAAAAUUAAUGUCAAGCGAAAGCCAGCAUCUAUUUUCCUUAGGGCCACAGGAUGUCAGAAUUAGCUCUCAGCCAUCCCCUUCCCUUGUGCUUUUGUAGCAGCUAUACAACACCACUGGUAGUCUCCAAAUUAGGACACAAAAAAAUGACAUUCUAAAAGCCUCAAUUGGUUUUAGUCUCUUGGAGUGUUAAAGGUCCAGUUUAACAGGGUCAACAGGUCAAUACUCGUACAGGUUUCAGUUAUGAGUACAUCCAAGAAAAUUCUCAACAUUGGUUGUUAAAUAAUUUUAUUUUCAUUGGAUCAGCAUCUUGGAGAGGGGAAAAAAAUGUUUCUGUGUUUGGAAACCUGAGAUAUUACACUCACCCCAUUGCAACUCCUGCAUUGUGUCUGAUCUUUUGAAGCUCUAACUGCUUUAGGGAUCAGAGCCACUUGAACAAAGAAGGCUAAGGCGUCAGUUGAUUCCCACUAACUCUGAAACACUUUCCAUAGAUCUGCUUUACAUGUCAAUCUCAGUCAUACAUGAGCAACGAGGAUCUUUUCUUUUUCUCUGCUCUUCAGUGGAUCAAGACCCAUCAGUGGGCUGGCUGGGCAGGUGUCACAUAAGUUAUCUUCAGUCCUAGUGAACUGACUCACAUGUUGAACAGCCUGAGUCCAGGGAGUUCCUCUGGCACAAUGUUCCUGAAAGGCUUCAGCUCCCCAGAAACUCUGCUAUGCUGUUUGACUAGUGUUAAUUAACAGAAGCCUGAUGGAAAUUAUCUGUAUUGACUUAAUCCUCCAUGUGGAUGCCAACCACUAAGACUGCGUAAUUUCGUGGAAAUUAAAUAGAUUACCAACCCCCCCCAUUACGAAGUGCUUGGGGUGUGCUCAGUCUGACACUUCUUACUGACAUAUAUAAAUAGAGAUAUAGAGAUAAAUAGAUAUUUUUAUGGAGAUGUUUUAUAAGUGGCCUUUACUUUGUGCAUGGUAAUUAUUGCCAAACUUGUUAUUUAGAAGCUACAGAAAUGGCUGGUUCUGCAGUUCAGAAAGCAAUCAGCUGUCUCUAUUGCUAGGGAGACUUGGGGUACGGCCUUGGAUUUGGAUUUUUAUUAUUCAAUUAUAAUUUGCAUGGUUUGGAUUUGGGUUUUGUCUCAGUGUCUUUUUUUUUCUUUCCUCAUUGGUUCUCUGGCAGGGACACAUUGGGCUCAAGCAGGAACUUCUCGAUCUUUGAGAGAUUUUGAGAGAUGGAUUGAAGCAAUCAGUGCCAUAUAACACUUCAUUAUAUAACCUGCAUUGUACAGCCCGUGAUGUUGAUCAGCAUGAGGUCCUCAAAACACAUCUAUUGGGGUUUUCACAGCAUAGUGAGAUGCUCCUAUUUCUCUAUCUUUGCUUGACAAGAUAGUAAGCUAGAAACGCUUGGUCCAUGGGUAUAGCCUUGUGAGUAGAAAAAAGGAUCAGCAGAGAACAGGACAUGAAUGAGGGCUCAGAAUUAGAUUGGUAUACGUAGCAGCAACAAGAGACUGUGAAAAUUGCUGCUGAGGCAGGUCAUUUUACUUCCUCUCUUCUUUUACUCCCCCUUUAUUUUUUUUUUAAGUACUGUUUGUAUGCCACAUCUGAGUAAUACAUCUCUACCAGCCAGAUAGCUCUCAUUAACCUGGGCUGUUGGUUAGAGAUAGAAAUGCAAUUGUCCUUUCUUACUGAUCUCAUUCCUGCUGCUGUGAAGUGGUCUGUACCCAGGAAAAGACCAGAGCCAUUAGCUAUUUGGAAAGUGAAAGCAGCCUCUCACCCCUUCCAUCCAAACCAGGUUGAAAGCCAAUCCCAGGGUUAUGUGCCUACAAAGCUGGCCCAAUUUCCUGGCAGGUGAACCAAGACCUUGUCUGUUUGCAGUUACUCUAGUCCACAGGUUUCUUUCUUGAGCACAAUUUUCCUAUGGGACACAUAACCAGGAUAUAACAGUUACCCUACUUAAACAAAAAUGUGUAUAUUAAAAAACAUCCUAAUCUGAAAGUAUAGUGUAUCUGAGGUUCCUCUGUUAUAGACACUUAGUCUACAAGAUUUAUGGCUACAUUUGCUAUGUUAUGCUUGACUAAACAUAUAAUUCAUUGAAAUACACAAGACUGAUAAAAGUAAUAUGAUCUCUUUAAGGAGAAUAAACUGUUUGUAAAUUUAUAAAGAGUAUAAUCUGUUAGGCCUUAUUUGAAGUAUGUACUGUGGUUUGGUAAAAGUACAACAUUAAAAGAGCCUUGCCAGAUGA